CAGGGCUGGAUACGUAUUUCUUGAUUAUUAUGAAUAAUUGUUCUGUUAUAAUUUAGCCACAGACGAGUUAAAAACAAUUGAAAUUGACUCGCUUUUUAGCAGCCUAAAAAACAUAAAUCUUGCCUAAAACUAUUAGCAUAUAAUCGAUGAAAGAAGUCAAGUAAGAAAAACUAAACAACUUUAAUUAUUUUUUAUUAAUAGAUGUAUCACGAGAUUUUUUAUUUCUGAUGCAAAUACCUCUAAAAUAUAUAAAAAAGUAAUUGUUCAAUUUGAUGAAAUUCUUCAUAUUACGUUGUAAAAUUCUAAAAUUUAUUAAAAAAGCCUAGUUUGUGCGUCAGUACAAAAAACACCAGCUAAUCAUAUAUUAAUACAAAAUAUUAGAAAAGCUCUUUUAUUUUUCUUUCUUGACUAAAGAACUGAAGGAAUAUUUAAGCAAGGUUUAAGUUUUUGAUGAUAUGCUGAAAUUCAAGUCAACAUUUCUUCUAACUCGAUUGUGACCGAAUAACAGAACUAUUACUUAUAAUAAUCAAGAACUGUAUAACUCUGCUUGUGAUACCAGAACUCAAGCUCAACUGUUAGAUGCGUGAGAUUCACACAUUGUUUCAUCAUCGGUCUUCGAGGCAGAAUACGAAACUGACUGAUUUUUAAGGCACUUUUUGCUGCCCGAAUCAUUUCGACAUUAUUGCUUCAAGAAAAGAGCGUACCAAUUCCUAAAAGAUCAGCAACGCACUUGUUUUUAAAUAUUAUUUCUGUGUAUGAUGAGGAAAAAGUAUGUGUCAGAUAUAUAAGUCUGGUAACCUAAACGCUAAUUAAAAACUCUUAGGGAAAUUUUUAUUCUGAGGGCAAGAGGCAUGUAGGACUGUAAGAUUUAAAGUUUGAAUUUAAAGUAAAAAAUAUAUGUUUUUCCUUGACAGAUAUCUUCAAUACAUACAUACGACGUCAUAGUAGUUGGUCUGGGAUGCGCCGGCGUCUCUGCCGCAAGUACAUUGGCGAAAGCUGGGAAGAAAGUUCUAGCCCUCGAAGCCAUGGACAGGAUUGGUGGUCGAGUUCGGACUGUGCCCUUUGGUGAUGGCGUUGUUGAAGUUGGUGCUGAAUGGAUCCAUGGCAUAGGCAACAGCAGCACCUACAGAACUGCUAUGCAACACAACAUUACCAUUUUACCCCAAGAUCCCACCUUCAAGGUGUACCAAUCCGAUGGGACGGAGACUGAUGAUGAAUUAUUAUUGAACGACCUCGUGAAUUUUUGCUUUGUAUUGGUUGGACAAAAACAUACAAAUUUUAUUGGUGGCAUGGGAGAAUUUAUUACAAGCAGGUUACUGCCUUAUGUCAAAUCAAAGUAUCCUUAUCUGAUUAAAGACACAGGUUUCUUACCAGAGUUUAUAGGUCUAAUGAACUCGUAUAUAAGCGUCCACGAGGCUACAAAUGACUGGAACGAGGUCAAUGUUCAGAGUGAGUACGAGGAUUUAAAAGGCCACCAACACAUGAGUUGGCAUAGAUAUGGCUACAAGACAUUGUUUGAGCUGAUGCUGAAUACAUACAACAACGGACCGGGUCUACCAAACCUUGACAUAAAACUGAACACGGAGGUGACGCAAAUAAUACGGCCAGAAGAUGGCGCUGAUGUAAGAGUCGUCUGCGUAGAUGGCAGCACGUACACAGCCCGUCACGUUAUUGUUACGGUCUCUUUAGGGGUUUUGAAAGAACGAUAUAAUACAUUAUUUAAUCCGGGGUUGCCGUUGGGAAAAAUAGAAGCCAUAGAGAAGACAUCGAUAGGUACGGCUGGCAAAAUAAUUUUGAAAUUUGACAAGGCUUGGUGGCACGGACAGGACGCAUAUUACGGUUUCAUGUGGAAGCUUGAGGAUAAAGUAAAACUACGAAUUGAGGAUUAUUGGAUGACGAAGAUUUUUGGGGCGGGCAGGCCCAGGGGAUCCACAAAUACGUUAUCUUUUUGGACUAGUGGGGAAGUGGGGAAAUUGUUAGAAGUACUGCCAGAGGACAUUGUGAAGCAAAAGUGCAUGGAGCUUUUGCGAAAAUUCAUGGGAAAAUUGUAUGAUAUUCCGGAGCCGACAGGAAUUAUAAGAUCCUCCUGGUUCUCAAACCCCUUCACCCGUGGUAGUUAUUCUUAUGACAAUCGUCUGACGACACAGAACGCGAACGACCGAAGAUUGCUCGCGGAGCCAUUGCGCGACUCACUCGGAGUACCUCGCGUUUUGUUCGCGGGAGAGGCCACAGAUUCUCAUCACUUCUCAACCGCGCAUGGCGCUGUCGAUUCAGGGCACAGAGAAGCAAUGAGACUUAUAAACAAUAGUAAAUUGUAAUA